AAGAAGGUGACAAGCUAGAAAUCCCCAAGAACUUUGCAUUUAUAAUAUAAAUACUAGACUUAACGGGACACUGCCAAAAACAAAAAGGAAAGCAACCAAAAUCAAGAAGAGGCAUCUCUGAACAUAUCGAAACAAUCAAAAUACAGUUAUCGAAACCAAGAUCGAAUCAAAAAUGAACUCGAAACACAGUUCCCUGGAGGAGAAAGUGAAACUGCCGCCCACGGAGACAAUAAGCCGCUGCUACCAGCCGCAGCAAAGCAACCGCAAGGUCAUACGCAUCCUGACCGUCGCCGUCUAUGUCCUUUGCGUUUCGCUGGCGGCCAUCAUGCUCUCGCUGUACUACAUCUUCAUCUGGGACCCCACCAUCCGCCCCUUUGUCACCAAGGCCACGCAUUGCGAUAAAAUUGUGAUACCCGAAAAAAUAGCCAUUCGCCUACUAAACUCAUCGGAAGUGACCGCGGAGCAGUUCUACAAGCACAUCCUCGAGCAGUACCGCAUCCUCAGCCACAUGCAACAGCAACGCCAGCAGAUCCUUCAGCGGCAACAUCUCCAACUGCAGCAACUGGAGGCGAACAAUCGCUUCCAGGAGGUCUUUGCCACGGCCACCAUAAUCCAGGCACAUCCGCAUCCCCAUCCGCAUCCCAGGGAGCCGCCGAAGAAGCCGCUCUUGGGUCCGUAUACCUCGCUAUCCGGAAAUAUGAGUCACGUGGCGAUGGGUGGCGAUCAGAUGCCGGGCAACUUGGAAACGGAUCCGGAGGCUCAUAUGCCCCUACUUUUGGACACCUCGCCGCCGGCCGAAGUCACCGGGAUGGGCCACUCGAAGCGCAAGACACAUCGUGGUCACUACAAACACCAUAGGGCUCGAACCGCUGGCCAAAAGAAGCUGUCGAUGGGCAACUCCAUUGGCAGUGCCAUGGCCAGUUCCACGCCGAGCACCACCAGCGGUGGAGAUACAUCUUUGACGGCCACUGCGGCCACUUUGCCACAUGGCUACAUGGACACACCACUGAAUCCGGCUGCCGGGACGAUUGUACAGCCACCACAGCUGCAGCUAUACACCUCGAUGCCCAUUCCGUUGAUCCUGAGUCCCAGCGAUGAGAAGCGUCCGUCGCACCACGCCCACGGACAUGGGCAUGGCGAGAGGCGGGGCGGCGGAACGCAAUCCGGCGGACGGCGAAGGACAACGACGGCCUCGGUUUCCGGCUACGAGGCACAGACCUACCUCAAUCCGUUCCUCACCGGCGAGCUGAUCUUCGAGAAGUAAGGGACAUAAACCAUAUGGAUAGGCCGGAAUUUUUUUUUUUUGCUAAGGCGUAUAGAGGGAUACACUACAGCCAAGAUCGGAAAUGGAGAUUAGCUCACAGAAAUGGUAACCCCCCAUACCUGAUCAUACCUAUAUCAAUGGAGAACUGUUUAGAAAAAAGGGCAGCACUACUCACAAUAAUUCAGUUUAGCUCAGUACUGGCAUAAGCUAUAUUCAUCAGUUAGCUUAACUUAUAUAUAUUCAAUAAACUUGGUCAAUGAUAUUUUAAAAUCAAACGCGAUAUUAAACGUUUCAUAUUGAAAUUUUGAAAUUUUGUUUUUGCAAUUUAACCAGAUAGAAGAUUUAUAGAAAUAAAUUGGAAACAAUACUUUGAUUAAUCGCUUGUUCUAUGUAGUGGUUUUAGAUAGCCAAGCCAAGUAGAUCUGAUGUAUAACUAAUUUCAGCUACAGUAAAAAAAGACUUGACUUACGUACGUACUGAGCUAUAAAUUGGUCUAUAUAUACAGAGCCCGGCCCGGCCACAUAUAGAGGUUAAUAAACGUUAUGUACUACAAAUGGAUAGUUGAAACCAUAGCUAAACGAUAGUCGAUGUACCAACCACACACAACCACUCAACUAAACUAAAAACACACUCGAAAGGAACACACGCAUAAUACGGGACCCACUUCAGUAGAAACUCACUCGAAUAUCAGCGAUCAGCGAUCACGGAUCACGGAUCACAAAUCACGGAUCACGGAUCACACAGGCGGCUCACCUCACCAAAGCUCAGCAGCAAACUCACCCCACCUAGAACACUGCUUCCAGGCAGCUAGCGAACGCUACACCAACUACAAUAAUUAGCCAACCCUAGAGUAAUCAGUUUACCAUUAAUCAAUUACCAAUUACCAGUAACCAAUUACCAAUUACCAAUUACCAGUAACCAGUAACCCAUCCAAGAAGUAUACCCCCAAUAACGGGGAAGCGGAUAAAUGUCACUAUAAUUCAGCAUCAGAACGAA